AUGAUUCCCCUGUUUUUGGUAAUCUUGCUGUUCUUCACUCAUUUUGCGGCUGCCGGACAUACUGAAAACUUCAGAAUCGUUAAAGCCCUCGCCGAAAAUGCAGGUGUUGAUCUGGAUCUGACUGGGAGACAAUCUUAUGCCAUUUACGAGAUUCAGGGCAAAAAUAGUUGGAUCCCGCACGAUUACCAUAUGCGGCUGAUAAACGGCCGCGUCAGUUGCUUUGGACCCGAUAAUUGCGACUUUGUCGGGAAUGCGUUUCAUAUGGCUCCCAAUGUUAAAUACCGGAUCAACACAUGUGGCAAAAAUCGCCAACAAUCGCGAAACAGACCUUGGAAGGCCAAUACUUAUUAUAGUGAGAAAGCGGACACCGAUUUCGAACUAGGAACGCCGAACAAACACAAAUGGGCAGGCUUGACUAAGGAUCUUACCUAUGAACAAAUUCAAGAAAUUGCUGCAUGCAUGCCAGAUAUGAAUUGUUGA